UGCGGCUCUGAAGGCUGGGCAGGCCUCCCUGUGCCAUGUUCAACCCCGUUACGCCUCAGGGCCCCGGCUACGCCGAGCACUGCUGCCCGCGGCCGCUGCACGGACCCUCUGUGGGCACACCGGGGCUGCAAGGACUCGAUUUCUCAGUGUGCCAUCAGCCCAACCUUGCCAGCAGUCACCAUGGCUAUGGGCUGGUGCCCGGCACUGAGCACCUGGGUGGUGCUGAUGGCUCACGGUUCUCAACGCCCCGUGGUGCCGGCAAGCUGGGCAAGAAGCGGGCACUAUCCAUCUCACCCCUGUCAGACUCCAGUGUUGACCUGCAGACGGUGAUCCGCACCUCGCCCAACUCCCUCGUUGCCUUCAUCAACUCCCGUUGUGCUUCCGCCAGUGGCUCCUAUGGUCACCUCUCCAUCAGCACCAUCAGUCCAUCGCUGGGGUACCAGAACCCUCCGGGGCAGCAGAAGGGCCAAGGGCAACUGUUCAGCCACACUCCACCCCUGCCACCGUGUAGCUCCCACGAAACCCUGUCCUCCCGCCCCGGGCUCCUACAUCACACCCCGGCUCAUGGGACCCUCAAACACUGCCAGCAGCUAAAGUUGGAGAGGAGCCUGAGUAGCCCUCUGACAGCCAAAUACCCAGAGGAGAAAUCUGAGGGUGACAUCUCCAGUCCAGCCUCCACAGGCACACAGGACCCCUUGCUGGGGAUGCUCAGUGUUCGGGAAGAUCUGGAGAAGGAGGAUGGGAAACCUGAAUUUGAGACCAUUUAUGAAACGAACUGCUACUGGGAUGGCUGUGCCAAGGAGUUUGACACGCAGGAACAGCUGGUGCAUCACAUCAACAACGAGCACAUCCACGGGGAGAAGAAGGAAUUUGUGUGCCACUGGGCAGCGUGCUCGCGGGAGCAGCGGCCCUUCAAGGCUCAGUACAUGCUGGUGGUGCACAUGAGGCGUCACACGGGCGAGAAGCCUCACAAGUGCACGUUUGAGGGCUGUAACAAAGCGUACUCCCGUCUGGAGAACCUCAAGACACAUCUGCGCUCCCACACGGGUGAGAAGCCCUACGUGUGUGAACACGAGGGUUGUAACAAAGCCUUCUCCAACGCUUCCGACCGGGCCAAGCACCAAAACCGCACCCACUCCAAUGAGAAGCCAUACAUCUGUAAGAUCCCGGGCUGCACCAAGCGCUACACGGAUCCCAGCUCCCUGCGCAAGCACGUGAAGACGGUGCACGGCCCUGAUGCCCACGUCACCAAGAAGCACCGGGGCAGCGUGGUGCCUGGCCAUGCACUGCCUGCCUCUGGUGCACCCCAGGACAUGAAGCAGGAGAAAAACACUAACGGCCCUGCUGAGAUCCGGAAGGAUGACAGCAAGCUGCUGGUGCCUGACUUGGCCUCGAAGCCACAGCCCAGCCCUGGCGGGCAGUCAUCGUGCAGCAGUGACCGCUCCCCCCUGGGCAGCACCACCAACAACGACAGCGGAGUGGAGAUGACGGGUAACACGGGUGGCAGCUACGAGGAUCUGUCCACGCUGGAGGAUGUGGUGCCCGGGGAGCCCAUGGGCACCUCGGGGCUGAUGGCCCUCCAGAAGCUCGAGAACCUUCGCAUUGACAAACUGAAGCAGAUGAGGAAACCGUCGGCUACCAAGAGCCUGAAUCUGCCCGCCAUCCCUGGAGCCGCUCUGCCCGGAGACGUGCCCGGGGUCUGCGUGCCGCCGGCCGCAUCGCAGCGCCGCAUCGCGGAGCUGUCGGCGGCAGAGCUGGCCGUUCCGCCGAGCGAGCGCCGCAGCAGCGCCACCAGCACCGUCAGCUCAGCCUACACCGUCAGCCGCCGCUCCUCCGCCGCUUCCCCGUACCUGCUGGGGCCAAACCUGGCCGGCGAGGCGGGGACGAUGCCGGGAUGCUCGGAUGGCUACGACUGCAUCUCUCCGGAUGAGCUGCGGCGCGCCGGCAAUGCCAACCCCUGCGGAGCGCUGCCGGGCGUGGGCAGCCUCACGCCGGCUCAGUGCUACCGUCUCAAAGCCAAAUACGCCGCAGCGACAGGUGGGCCACCCCCGACCCCACUGCCCAGCGUGGAGCCGCUGGGGAUGGGCGGCCACGGCAGCUUGCCCGGGGACUGCCUGGAGCCGCCCGUGCCCUCCUUCUUUACGAACGGUUUGCUGCGAAGGCACAGCUCCAAUGACCGCUACGUGAGCAGCCUUCACCCUCAUCUGGUGCCUGGGAACGGUGUGAGGAGGGCCAGCGACCCGGCCCGGACCGCAGCCAACCCUCAUGCUGUGCCCAAAGUGCAGCGUUUUAAAAGCGUGGGGAACAUGAAUGCGCCGGGAGGGAGCAGAGCUGCCCUGCAGCCCCUGGGUGCUUCUGACGGCAACCUCCAGCACCGGGUCUUCUCCCCACGCCCACCCAGCAUCAGUGAGAAUGUUUACUUGGAGAGUGUGAACGCGGAGGGCCCCGGACCUGGCACGGAGUCUGGCUUGCUGGAAAUGGACCCGUUCUUGAACUACCCUGAGGAAAGCUUCCCGUGCCGGGGGGCCAACGUGCAGCUGCAGUGUGGGGGUCUGUAUGGCAGCGCUCAGCGGGCCCCGGGUGGGGGAAUGCAGCUGAACCCAGGUGGGCACGGAGAGAUGGAGGAGGGACUGCUGCAGCCUGAGUUCUCCCUCCCGCAGUGCCAGAUGAACCAGCACUUCCCCAGCCUGCGUGCGGGCAGCGGGGCCGUGCCGCCUCAGUGGGAGGAACCCCCCCAAAGCAAUCGUCUGGAGCUGAGCUGUGGGCAGCCGGGUGUCAGUGCCGUGGCUGAGACGCAGUGCCAGCGUCACACCGCUCUGUACCCACCGCCCAGCCACUGCGUGCAGCACCCCAGGCUGAUGAGCACGUGCCAGGAUGGCGGCUUUUCUGAUGGGCACCGCUUGAACUGCCUGCAGAUCAAAUCUGAGCAGCGCUACUCAGCGCCUGCCCCGGCCCUCACUCCGUGCCAGAAUGCCAAAGCCACACAGCAGCCCGCGUUCAGCCAAACCGUGAGUGGGUACCGGGCCGAGGAGCAGACGCCCAGCGGCUACGUGGGCGUGCUGAGCCCGCGGGGGAGGAGAGCCCACACCCCCGCUUUGCAGGCCAAAGAGGUGAUGGUCCGCAGCUACGUGCAGGCACAGCAGGCUCUGAUGUGGGGAGAGCCCCCCAAGGGUGGUGAGGCCGGCAUGGGGCUGGGCGGCGAGUCUGGGCAGUACCAGGGCACGCACGCGCCGCCCUACCUUGGCCCCAAAUACUCCGGUUACCAGCCCAAAACGAAUCACCUGCAGGGGCUGGUGGAGAGCCCCCACCUGCUGAGCCCCCCGUGCUUUAACCCUGAAAUGGUGCCACAUCCCCCCAGCGGUGCCAAGCCACCGGAACACCAGAACAGCGUGGGCUAUGGGGGCAACCUGGCAGAGCCCAACCCCUCCUAUGAGGCAGCAGGUGCCAACCCCCAGCGCGGGCUGCGUCUGCCCCCGGUCCACCCUGCCCCCGAAAUGCCCAGUGACACACUGCUCUGCUACCCGGGCCAGGUGGGCAAAGGCAGCCACAAGCUUCAGGGCCCACCUGCUGCAAGCUGUGGGGGUCUCGGGCACUGCACUGGGAGCCUGGGGGGCAACAAAGGCAGCUCUUGCUUCUACCCGGACUCGGGGCAGCAGGCAUUCAACAGCCUGGACUCGCUGGACCUGGAGAACACUCACCUGGACUUCGCUGCCAUCGUGGAGGAUGCAGAGAGCUCCGCGCUCCUGCCCGGCCCCCCAGCCCCACUGGGGGUCUCCUGCUGCCGGCACCCGGCGGUGCCAACAUGGCUGUGGGUGACAUGAGCUCCAUGCUGAGCACUUUGGCUGGGGAGAGCCACUUCCUCAACUCCCUCUCCUGAGCUUGGAGGGGGGGAGGAGCACCUGGAGUGCAGGUGGGAUGCCUGCACAGCCCAGAUGUGGGGGCAAAGUGCCUCUGGGGAGAGGCAUGGGGGUCCCCCACCUACCACAGGUGUGUGGCCUGGGGGGAGGGGGGACGCACAGCCUUCCUUGGUCUGGGGGUGCCGUGCUCCUCCGGGGGGUAUUGCUGGGUGUGACACAGCAGACCUGUGCAGCCACAGUGUUGAAACCAAAGAGUUCCACCCCCCCCCCAAUCCCUGCAGGCAGCCCCACGCCCCCCACAUUUUUGUUGUCCCCCUCAAUGCCUUUGCCCUCACCUCCACCCUCCUUGGUGACACAUCCCCACCUCCCAUCAUUUCCAGUGGAUGGGAGAAGAGGAGGGAUGGCAGGCGGGGGGUCUCAAUGCCACCUGUGCCUCUGUAUAUAGUGUACAUACAUCUCCCUGUGCUCUAUGGAUCUUACCCUAAAGUCUUUCUUCUGUUUGAAAAACAGUGCCCCCUGCACCCCGCUCUCCCCCAGCCCCCCUCUUUAAACCCUCUCUCAGGAGAACCGUGCUCCAGCAGCCCCACGUCCCUCCAUCCCUCCAUCCUUCCAUCCCUGUGUCCCUCCAUUCUUGAGUCCCUCCAUCCCUUC